AUGAUUGUGUUAAAACUUAUUUUAUUUACGUUAUUUAUCUCAGUGUCACAAUGCAGGAUCCCUGAUAAAGUGUAUUGUGCUAACAAAGAUUGUAAUGGACCUAUAUCUAAAGUGAAAACAUUACUAAGUUAUAAUAGCGGUGAUCCAGACUUAAUAUCUUUUCGCGGAAACAGCGAGGCUAUCGUUUAUAUGAAAUCAGCUGGUACCAAUCCAGACCUUUGGUUUGUGGACAUUAGUGGAAAGACUGGAUUUGUUAAUAAUAAGUUUUUAAGAGAAAUAAAAGUUUUAGAAAGAAAUCUGCAAAUUGUUCCAUAUGAGGCUGACAAACAGGAAAAUGUGAAACCUGACAAAGUACAACAACCUCAUGAGGUAAUUGAAGGUACAACAAUAUACACCACGGAGUCAGCUGUCAAUGUUGCUCAGCAAGAUACGUCUACCGAGUCACCAUCUAAUGAAGAACUCACUCCUUCACUAAACAGUGCAGAGGAAAAUGCAAAUGAAGAUGAGGAUGGUGAAGAUCAGGAUGAAGAAAAUUUGGAGGAUGAAAAUGUAUCAGAUACUAAUAAGAAUUUAGAUAAUCAGAAUACUGAGUCUAACACCGAUUCACUUAACACAGCUCCUACAAAUGAAGCAAGAACUACUAUUGUCAAUAAGAACAUAGAAUUAUCUUCUGAAACAACACCUGAGUCAACACAACAGACAGCUGACAACAAUUCUGGGCAAAAAGAGCCAGAAAAAGAACAAGAUAGUACAGAGUUUCCUAAGGAUGUUCCACCAGAGGCACCACCUCUACCGCAGUUGCUAGCUACCAACAGUAACGGUAUGUUGAAUAGUGAUUCUGUUAUAGAAGUACCCGAGAAACAAGAUUUCCUACAAAAUACUUUAAAGGAAUCAGAACAGAAUGACAGCAAAGAACAAAAUACAUCUUCAGUGAAUAACAAAGCUGAAAAUACACCUCAAGAAACUUUGACUGAAACCAAUGUGCCUAAUGGUAAUUCCUUAAAUGAUGUUGUAGAGAAUCUUAAUGGAGAAAUUGUAGAUAAUACUGAGAAUGAAAUUUCUGAAAACCCUACUAAUGAACCCGAAGUUCCAUCUGUAGCUGAACCUGUAGUACCCUCUGUUAAUGAGCCUGAAGUUCCACCUGUCGCUGAACCUGUAGAACCAUCUGUGAAUGAGCCUGUAGUUCCACCUGUAAAUGAACCUGUAGCACCUGUAAAUGAACCUGUAGCACCUGUAAAUGAACCUGUAGCACCUGUAAAUGAACCUGUAGCACCUGUAAAUGAACCUGUAGUGCCUGUAAAUGAACCUGUAGUACCUGCAAAUGAACCUGUAGUGCCUUCUGUAAAUGAACCAAUAGUUCCACCAGAAAAUGAACCUAUAGUUCAACCUACAAAAGAACCUAUAGUUCCACCUGUAAAUGAACCUAUAUUGCUUCCCGUACAUGAGCCUGUAGUGCCUCCUGUAGUCAAUCAAAUAAACCAAGUCAUACCACCUAUUUACCCUAAUAUUAAUGCAGGUAACCAACAUAAUGAAGUGCCUCAAGCCACUGUCAUUGAAUCAAAUGAAAAUACUACCCCACCAGAGGAACAAAUGAUACCUGCAUCAAUGGAAGCUUCUCCAACAAUUGAACCAGUGCCAGCACCAUCAACAGAGACCAUACUCCCCAUCUUUACUGAUACUAAUCUACCAACAACUACAGAGACAAUACCACCACUGUUCUCUCAAGAACAACAGACUGUUCCUCCAGCUGACACAAUCCCUCCACUGAUGAACAUGGAAGCUCCACCAACAACACAAUUUCCAACACAAGACUUCCCACCAAUCUUUACACAGAUAACAACUCCUACACCAAACAUUCCAGAGGAGUCAUCCAACAAUUUUGAAACACAAGGAUCUGCAUCUCAAGGAGAAUCUUCAUCAUCUCCUUAUGCAAGUGUGGAAGAUGUUAUUGCUGCAUUACCAGAUUCUACAGAGGAAACAAGUUCACCAACCGAGGCUCCUGUACAAGAUGAGAAUACAGAAGGUUUCUUUUCAAAUAUGUAUUCUUCUAUAGCAGACAUCUGGCCAUCUACAACUCAAGCUCCAGAACCACUAUACAAUACCGAAUAUCCCACAUAUGAGAGUGAGAAAGCUGAUGGAAAUGAAGGAUUUUCAUUUGUAAAAUAUUUUAUGUCCACCUACUAUUCAAUAAUGGGUACAAGUGAAGAGACAAAAGCCUUGUUUGCUUCAGUUGGGCAAACAUGCUUCAGUGACGAGUACUGCGAUGGCACAUCAAAUGAUGGAAGCAACAGACUCUUGACGUUCCUUCUGACCACAGCCAGUUCAGUCCUUCUCUUUACUCUGGGAUACUAUUACAUAGAUAAUAGAAGACAAGAUGGAAGACUCAUUGGCACAAUCAAUUCACUACAACGAGAUUUACUUUUCACAACUAAGGAGUGCGAGAUCCUCAAAGAAGAGUUAACAUCUACCAAGAACAAGUUAGCCGGCAUCGAAGACAGCUCAUUUGGCAUGGAUGAUAUGGUGCAAUCUCUUAAAGAAGAAAUCAAUGAGCUUAAGGCCACCAAUGAAAGGCUACGGAACUCCUUAGAUGAUAAUGAAAAGUUGCUCAGGGUGUCUGAAAAUACUGCUGGAGAGCUGCAGAAUACCCUGAGUGAGGUGGAGAAUACUCUUAGUGAGCUCUUGGCUGAGAGAGCUAGCUCUGAAGAGCAAAUAGUGGAAUUAAAUGCGAAAAUUCAAGCGUUUGAAGAAGAACUAAUAUCAGUAAGUCGUGAACGAGAUAACUUCCAGCUGAAGUAUGUAUCGGCUGAGAGUGCACUGGAAGAAUUUAAAAAACAAAAGAAACAACAUGAGGUCGUCAGCCAAAACUUGGCAGAGACUAAAAAUAAAAUGGAGCUGCAGGAACAUGAAAUAAAAGCUUUAAAAGACGCUAUAAAAGACUUAUCUAAUGGAAUGCCAGCAAAUGUGGAUGCUACCACCUUCAUUGACCACACAGAAAUUAAGGCAAAACUCGCGAAGGCGUUAGAAGAGAAAAAAAGUUUUGAAACGAGAUUUGAGGUGGAACACCAAGAAAGGACGCGCCUUGCUGAGGAACUUAAGACAACGAAAGAAAGUCUAGCUAGCACAAGUCAGAACGCGACAGAGGCACUCACUAGACUGGAAGUGCUAGGGAAGUACUUCCAGGAGAGAGAGGGAGAACUGCUCAAGGAGCUUAGCGCUAAAGAAUCGUUAUAUUUGAGCAAGCAAGGCGAGUCAGCUAGUACGGUAGAAAAAAUUGAACUUCUCCAGCAAGAAGUGCAGAGAUACAAGGAGAAAUGCGACACGCUAACACUAGAAUUAGCAGAGCAAGAAUCGUCGCGUCGCUCAGCACUGAGCGAGGUGGAGACGCGCGCCCACAGCGCGUGGCUGGAGGCGCGGCAAGCCAAGCGCGAGCUGGACGCCGCGCGGGACGACGCCGCCGCGCUGCGACGCAAGCUCGCCGCGCUCGGCACCGCCGACGGAGCCGUGUCGCCGCAUCACAAAGUGUCUUCUCCCCUGGAGCCGGGCGAGGCAGUGCUCCCCCCGCCGCUGCCCCCCAUGUUCCUGCCGCCGCCCCUGCUGCCCCCCCUGCCGCGCCCGCCGCCGCUGGGCAGGCUGCCCUCGCCACAUCCACCACGAUACGGUGACAGGCGCUACUCUCCAGAUAGCAGAUACUCGCCUGAGAGCAGAUACUCGCCGGACAGUCGGUACUCGCCUGAAACCGUGAGAUACUCGCCCGACAGUCGGUACUCGCCGCGGUCGAGGCGGUCUCCUUACUCGCCCAGGUCGAGACGACGAUCGAGAUCCAGGGAAAGGUACGAAGACCGUGCGCCCCGAUCACGGAAUGGUCCCGCGCCGCCUUUGGACACUGAAACCGAAUACAACUCAGACAGCCCGACACGCCUGCCUCGCAGACGUGGGAGAUACUCAAGACAUUCAGGGCCUAGCUCAGGUUCAGGUUGUUCAUCAGAAUCGGAUAAAUGA